AUGGACAAAGGCAGCGUCGACAUGGUCGAGCAAGCCGACGACCAACAGCUCGGCUACCUCGCCGACUCCGAGGACCACUCGCUGAGCAAAUGGGCCAGUCUGAAAAAGUACCCGUGGACCUUCUUCUGGUGCAUCUACGCCGUAUGGUGCAUCCUCCUCGUCAGCUUCGAGAACCAAGCCGCCGGAACCGUCAUCUCAAUCCCCCAGUUCCGCCAGGACUUCGGCAGCUACUUCGAAGGCAGCUAUGUCCUCGACAGCAAGUGGCAGUCGGCGUUCAGCGGCGGGCCCGUCGCCUCCGCCGUCAUUGGCGCUCUUUCCUCCGGUCAGAUCGCAGACGCCUUCGGCCGGAAAUGGACUAUGCUCGGGGCCCUGCUUAUUUCUGUCGCGGCUGUAGCCCUCGAGUUCGUAGCCACCACGAACGAGAUGUUCUUCGGCGGGAAGUUCCUUAAUGGCUUUGCAUUGGGCGCCCUUGCUUCUGUGCCCGUCACCUAUGUCGGCGAGAUCUCGCCGCUUGCUCUCCGCGGAACACUCACCUGUCUAACCGCGUUGGCCUACUGCAUAGGCCCCUUCGUGGUAGCGCUCAUCACAAACACUACAGGCACAUACACGAACCACUGGGCCUACCGCGCCGUCUUCGCCGCACAAUGGGGCUUCGCAGCCAUCGCCCUGUCCCUCAUCCUCCUGAUGCCCGAAUCCCCCUGGUGGCUCGUCUCGAAGAACCGCGAAUCCGCCGCCCUAUCCAGCCUCACACGCCUAGGCUACAACCCAUCGCAACGCGCCAAGAAACUCUCCGCCAUAAAGCUCACACUGGAACAAGUGCGUCGCGAAACCGAAGGCGCCACAUACGCCGAGUGCUUCCGCACGUCCAACCUGCGCCGCACAAUCAUCUCCAUCGCCCCACUCUCCAUCCAGGCACUGUCAGGCAUAAUCUUCUCCGCGUCCUACAGCACGUACUACUUCCAGCUAGCCGGGUACUCCGACGCCAUGAGCUUCCGCCUCCAGAUCGCGCAGCAGGUGCUGUCCAUCGUCGGCAACGUGAUGUCCUACUUCCUGAUCGACCGGCUGGGCCGUCGGAACCUCAUGCUCUACGGCCUGGGCAUAAUGACCUGUAUCCUGAUGGUAACGGGCGGGCUGGGCGUUGUCGCGACGCAGACAGAGAACCCGCACUCCGCCGGAGCGGUGAAGGGGACCGUCGCGCUGAUCCUGCUUUACUGCUGGUGGUAUAACUGUACGAUCGGGGCCGCGGGGUACACGCUCCUCGCCGAGGUGUCGACGGCCAGACUCCGUGUUAAGACGAUUGCGAUUGGACUGGCGCUCCAGAAUGCCCUGUAUACCAUGUGGUCGUUUGUUCUGCCGUACCUGUUUAACCCGGAUAAGGCGGACCUAGGGGCCAAGGUUACGUUCAUCUUUGGGGGGCUGUCGGUUCUCUGUCUGGUUUAUUUGUGGUUUUAUCAGCCGGAGACGGCGGGGCGGACGUAUGCCGAGUUGGAUGAGAUGUUUGCGAAGCGGGUUCCGGCUUGGAAGUUUAAGACUUAUCAGACGGAUUCUCAGGCUAUGGGGGAGGCUGUUAGGGAGGGAGAUGAUGUGAAGCGGGAUGUAUAG